GUAUCGUGCGUUAACGUUGUAUUACGUUGUAUCAUUAACUUUUAUAAACAGAUGUAUAAAUGUUGAUAUUAUUCAGUGAAAUUUUGUGACACGUAUAUAGAAUUACUAAAGAAAAUUUCAUGCUUUAAUGAUAUUUCGUUAAGCGUUGAACGUGAUGUUUUUUAUUUCAUAUAUACCUUGCGUAUGAUUGAAUGCAUUGGCGGGAAAUAAAAAGGAAGAGUUUGAAGAGUAAUCGUCACUUUUCUUUUGAUUCGGUUUUAAUUUAGUUCAUUUAGUUAAUUAUAAGUCAACGUUUUUCAAAGAAAGAAUAUAUAGUUUAAAAAAUCCGAUGGCAGAACGGCUCGAAGAUCUCAAUUUACCAAAUGCAGUUGUAUCAAGGAUUAUAAAAGAAGCAUUACCUGAAGGUGUUACAAUUGCUAAAGAUGCCAGAACCGCUGUGGCAAAGGCUUCUUCAAUUUUUAUAUUGUAUUUAACAUCGUCCGCAAAUAUAAUUGCUAAAAAGGGAAAUCGUAAAAUGAUAAGCGGUCAAGAUGUCAUUCAAGCUAUGACCGACAUAGACUUUGAUCAGUUUAUUCAUCCGUUGGAAGAUUCGCUAGAAAAUUUCCGUAAAACUCAAAAAGAGAAGAAAGAUGCAACAAAAAAAAAGCAACAGAAAAAAGAUGGAGACGAUGUAAUAGAAAUAGAAGACGACGAUGGAGGAAGGGAAGUUAUGGUCUUUUGAUACAUAUUAAAUAUAUUAAUAUGUAAAAAUAAGUAUAUAGAUUCAUACUAUUUUAUAUAAUUAGUACAUAAGUCUGAAAAGUUUGUCAUAUUCUAUUUAUUCUUACCAAAUGA